CUGAUCUCUACAUAAAGUCAGAUAGUAGAGUUGUGUUGUCUGUUGUUCACCCCGAUCGCAAACAACCAACAUUUUCAAGUAUCCUAUCACUCGACAUUUACACAUUUAACAUCACGUGCCUGUCUGAUUCACAAGUAUAAAAGGAGAGAGGUGCAUAUCACUAUAUCAUCCGGUAAAUUAUCUAACUGAACACUUCCGCAUCGAAUCAAACGCAAUGAGCAGAACAGCUUCCAAACACGCAUUCACCGAAUCGAGAGCUAGACAGAAUUUCGCUACGGAAUGUGAAGAUGCCAUCAAUAAACAAAUCAACAUGGAACUACAAGCUGCCUAUGAUUACAUGGCAUUCUUCACUUACUUCGAUCGAGAUGAUGUGUCAUUUCCGAAAGCAGCUGAAUUCUUCCGGAAGGCUUCACAUGAGGAACGUGAACAUGCUGAGAAGUUGGCCAAAUAUCAGAACAAACGUGGUGGUCGUGUUCAGUACAGUGACAUCAAGUGUCCGACCAAGACAGAAUUCAGUGGUCUGGAGGAUGCGAUGAAUACUGCAUUGUUAAUGGAGAAGGCAGUGAAUGAUUCAUUAUUAAAAUUGCACGAAGUUGCUUCAAAGAACAAUGAUCCAGCAUUGACAGAUUUUAUUGAAAGUGAAUUUCUUCAUGAACAAGAAGAUGCAAUAAAGCAGUUCGCUGAUUAUUUAACAGAGAUACAACGAGUUGGUAAAGGACUUGGAGAAUAUCUAUUCGAUAAAUUAACAUUAACAGAAUGA